CUCAAGUGUAGGUGUUUGUGUCAUACAAAUUGGGGAGAAUAAAAGAAAAAAAUAAUUGCUAACACUGGCAACGGCGCAUACGCUAGACCUCGUUGGUGUCGGUGCCGGUGUGUUUGUGGUAUGUUUUGUGGUCGGUGCUUUCGUUUGUUGUGUUGUAUUGUUAUUGUUACUAAGGUUAUGUUAACUUAUUUUGAAUUUUGAACAAGGUUUUCGUUUUGGAAGAUUCUUCUAAGAGUUAAAAAAAGGUUAGAUGAUGAUAGAACCUUUAAAAGAUUCUACAGAGAACAAGCCGGUGAAACCUUGUGGACAGAUUGUCUUGGAAAAUACUGCACCUGUUGAGAAUACAAUGAAGAUUGAGUGGGAAGAAGUUGAAAUAGAUGCAAAGAAAAGCAGGGGGUCAUUUGGGGUUGAUCAAGUAGCUUGGGAACUAGUUAAACAUGAAUAUGAAAACUUGGAUGACAUUAUUUUCCAUAGAAUAAAAAUUGAACACACCUAUGCUAAGACUUCGAUAAAGUGCAGCAAUGAAGAACAUUUCAAAAUGCAAAAUAUAGAAAUAAAGUUGGAAAAUGAUUUAGGUAACAAUCAAUUUGAAGUCUCUCAAAUCACCAAUGAAUUUAUCAUUAAGGAUGAAAAUGAUCAAUUUAUUGAUACAUCUGCUGCAGAAACUGUUCCAGAUAGAAUCUACAGAGAAUGUGAUACAGAGAAAAAUAAUGCAAAUGCUUCCUUUAUCAGAGAUCCAGAAGUUAGUUAUAAGCUCAACACAUGUAUUCAUUGCAACACAACAUUCGAAAGUAAGAUCAAUUUAGAUGAUCAUAUAAUUAAGAACCAUCUUGAGUUUAUAUCAUCAAUUUCAAGUAAUGUACAUCAAUGUACACAUUGUACUUAUAUAACCACUUUAGAGACUAGUUUAGCUGAACACAUGCUUCAGCAUCCUGCUGCAGAAUAUAGCAAUGAGCGCAUUGUGUGUAUUUACUGUAGUGCAACAUUUUCAAGCAAAUUAUGUUUAGAUGAUCACAUACUCAAAAAACAUCCUGAGUCUAUAGCAUCAGUUUCUAGUAAAAUACACGAAUGUACAAAUUGCACUUAUAAAACUACACUAAGAGAAAAUUUGAGACAACAUAUGUUAAAGCAUUUUGAUGCAAAAAGAAUCUAUAAGACUGGUGUUGUGUGUAUUCACUGUAAUGCAACAUAUUCAAGGAAAAUAUAUUUAGAUGAUCAUAUACUCAAAAAACAUCCUGAAUCUAAAGCAUCAGUCUCUGGUAAAAUACACGAAUGUACAAAUUGUACUUAUAAAACUACAUUAAGAGAACAUUGGAGACAACAUGUGUUAAAGCAUAUUGAUGCAAAGAGAAUCUAUAAGACUGGUUUUGUGUGUAUUCACUGUAAUGCGACAUUCACGACAAAAGUACGUUUAGAUGAUCAUAUACUCAUGAAACACCCUGAGUUUAAAUCAUCCAUUUCUAGUGAAAUAUAUGAAUGUGCACAUUGCACUUAUAAAACCACAUUAAAACAUAGUUUGGUUAAACACAUGUCGAAUCACUCUGGAGCAAAAGGAAGCAUCAAUUCCAGUGUAUGUAUUCACUGCAAUGCAAUAUUUACAAGGAAAAUAUGUUUAGAUGGUCAUAUACUCAGAAAACAUCCUGAGUUCAUAACGUCAGUUUCGAGUAAAAUACACGAAUGCGCAUACUGCACUUAUAAAACUAAUUUGACUAAUCCUAUGUUGAAUUAUACUGGAGCAGAAGGAAGCUGCAAGUUCAGUGUGUGUAUUCACUGUAAUGCGACGUUCAUGCGUAAAGUACAUUUAGAUGAUCAUAUACUGAAAAAACAUCCGGAGCACAUCAGUCCAUCAAUUGCUAAGAAAAUACGUGAAUGUACGGAUUGCACUUAUAAAACUACAAUAAAACAUAAUUUUACAAGACAUAUUUUGCAGCAUUCUGGUGCAAAAACUGUAUAUAAGAAUAGUGUGUGUAUUCAUUGUAAUGCGACAUACUCAAGGAAAUUAGGUUUAGAUGAUCACAUACUUAGAAAACAUCCAGAGUUUGCAGCAUCGGUUUCUAGUAAGAUACAUGGAUGUGCAAAUUGCACUUAUAAAACUACAUCAAAAGAUAAUUUUAGGAAACAUAUGUUAAAGCAUUCUAGCGCAAAAAUCUAUAAGUCUAGUGUUGUGUGUAUUCACUGUAAUGCGAGAUUCAAGAGAAAAUCACGUUUAAAUGAUCAUAUACUCGUGAAACACCCUGAUUUUACAAUAUCAAUUACUAGUAAAAUAUAUAAAUGUGCACACUGCACUUAUAAAACAACUUUAAAGUAUAGUUUGGUUAAACACAUGUUGAAUCAUCCUGGCGCAACAGGAAGCAUCAAUUUCAAUGUAUGUAUUCACUGCAAUGCAACAUUCACAAGGAAAAUGUGUGUAGAUGAUCACAUACUCAGAAAACAUCCUGAGUUUAUAUCAUCAGUUUCUAGUAAAAUACACGAAUGUACAAGUUGCACUUAUAAAACUACAUCAAAAGAUAAUUUGAGGAAACAUCUGUUAAAGCAUUCUGCUGCAAAAAAAGUCUCUAAGAGCAGGUGUUGUGUGUAUUCACUGUAAUACGCUAUUCUCGAGAAAAAUGUGCUUAGAUGAUCAUAUACUCAAAAAACAUCCUGAUUUCAUAGCAUCAGUUUCUAGCAAAAUUCAUGAAUGUGAAUAUUGCGUAUUCAAAACUGUCAUAAAAAGUCAUUUAGUUAGCCAUUUGGAAAAGCAUUCAGGUACAGAAGGUAUCUGUGGACGUAAAACCUGUGUUCAUUGUAACGCUAUAUUCGCAUGUAAGUCAAAUUUAGAUGAUCAUAAGAUUAAGAAACAUCCUGACUUUAUUGCAGAAGUUUAUAGUAAAAUAUAUGCAUGCACUCAUUGUUCAUAUAAAACCUCGCGUAUGACAUGUUUUGCUCGACAUAUGCUGAAGCAUCCUGAUGCAGAAGGUAGGUACAAGUGCAGUAAGUGUGUUCACUGCGGCGCGACAUUAACCAGUAAAGAAAAUCUACAUAAUCAUAUAAUUCGGAAACAUCCCGAGUUGUAUUCCUGACGUAUCUUAAAGGCGCGUACACAUCUGGCGAACGCAUGUGGCCGAAGCUCUUCGAUCGAAUUCAUUCGAUGAUUUCGACGUUCGAUGGAAAAUUUGCUCUGCCGUCCACAUUACGGUGAACGAAUUCGUUUGCAGUCAUUCGUCGAGGUUCGCGGGUAUUUUUGUAAAUGGUAAAAAAUGGCGUCCGAUGAUGAGGAUAUAAUUAUUGCAAGUGCGUUGUAUAUUAUUAUUAGUGAGGCGGAGACCGAAGCAUUGAAAGAGCCCCCAAGAAACGACGAAAACGGCGCUGGUGGACAUCAUUGUUCAAAAGCAGAAGUCGGUAUAGAGGGAUGGACUUAAUUAGUGAUCUAAAAGCUGAAAUGGAAUACGGACUUUUUGUAAAUUUUUGUAGAAAGUCUAGUGUUUUUUGGUAUAAACUUGUCCAUCAAGAAAAGCAUUUCUUUGAAAGCGAACCAUCUAGAUUUAAAAAUUGUGUCGGUUCCUGAGCCAGUUUUAAACGAGCUAUCUUGUUUUUGUCUCUCACGUCGGAAUGAUGUUAAUAAAGAUUCCAUUUUCUUUUUGACCUCCCCUGUAUCGCCUUUCAUAGUUUUGCUGAUGUCGUUCCAGGCAUCCAUUUUCUUUAUUUUAUUUUUGUAAUCUUUAUGCACUGGAUUCCAUAAAACUUCCCGUUCUCGAUAUAAACCAAUAAGUUUUAAACAAGAGGAAUUAGUCCACUCCAUUAUCGCUAAAUAGAAACUCAAAACAAAAUGACCACGAUGAGACACUUAAAAACUGAAAAGCGUACACACUAAACACAGCCAAACGAAUUCGUUCUUCAAUUUUCUUUUGAUGUACCGCCCAGUGACCGAACUCUCGCGAAGGCAAACACAUGCGUUUGUUAGGUCGUACACAUUUACCGACGGCGUUCGGUCGAAAGGCUUCGGCCACAUGCGUUCGCCAGAUGUGUACGCGACUUUAUAAAUAUUCGAAUAUUCGCACAUUGUUCAUAAAACGAUUGUCAAAUUUUCAUCAUCAUUGAUCAGCGUAUUCGACCUGGUUGUAUACGUUAUUUAAUGGUACUACUAAAGGCCAUAUCGGCCGUCGUUCCCAUAAUUGUAGGGCGCCUUUAUAGCCUCCUUGAUUUUCAUAGUUUAUUCUCUCCUUCAGACAGGCUGGGGUAUUUCUAUAUUUCUACUGUUCAGUGUCAGCAUGAGGUUAUGUUUUCUUUUUGAAUCUUGAUAAAUUUCAGGCAGAUAAACGGAUGAUAAAAAUCAAAUUUUAUCAGCCUGAAAUUUAAAAAGAAAAUAUAACCUCAAAAUAGAGGGCUGAAACGAAACAGUCGAAAUCUCGAAAUAGGUACCCCUACCCCUGCCUUUCGGAACUUUUAAACCCACCUUUAUAGCUGUAACAUUACUGAAUAUACGUCAAAUAGGUAGGCAUUCCAAGACAUACAGUGCUUUUCAAAAAGUCUUCUCCCAUGAUUGCAACAACUAGCAAGCUGAAAUACGGAACGUUGAAAUUGAUAAAUAAACACUAAAAUUUUCAUCUUAUUUUGAAGCUCCUAAACAGUAGUUUAUAAAAUGGCGGACUGGUGAGCUGUCACAGUUGAGCGUAUUUGUACAUUAAACUUUUCCUUUUGGAAUAAGUACUUAUUUUAUCUGGGACAUAAGACAUAAGUUUUUGACAAUUUCUCUAAAAAGAAGAUUUGUCAUCAUUCUAGUUGUUUUAGUUUGAUACUAUGUUACAUUUUUCUUGAUUAGUUGAAUUAGGUCAUAGACC